CAGGACGCCACAGUAGCUUGUCAUAUCAUUUCAUAUGAAGUUGCUGUACCUCUCUGGGACCCUCUACCAGGCCUAUGGCGCGACUUUGCCGUUUGCACAUGAUGAUAGCGCGCGGUGUGUCCACUUUCAGAGGCCAGGGCACAUUCUCAUGUACUCACAGGACACGGUCAUCUUUCCUAUUGGCAUCUCGGUGCCUUCCGACGUGGUGGCGUCCUCCGUCCCAAAGAAGAUCCGCGUGGACGCGGGCUUCGUGGGCAGUUCCAAGGGCGGUCAGGUCUCCGAGUACAAGUUCGGUCCCAUGGAGGAAGCGAGGUAUCACGACUUCUAUCGACGCCAUCGCUUUGCGCUCACCAAGUGCAAGGGCGGUUGGGAUGCCUUCCGCCAUCCAGAGAUCCUGGCCAUGGGAACCGUCCCGCGCUUCGCCGGCUUGGCGAAGGCACCGCCCUUCACGGUGCCGUUCAUCCCAAAAAGCUUACUUUUGCAAGCGGAAGAGGAGCUGCGGCCCUACUCCAAGCAUUUGGAAGCUGUCUACAAUGCGACGGUUUUGCAGCUCUUAGAUCAUACCCGGAGGUGCCUCACUGCCGAGUCCAUGGCGGCACGAGUGCUCCGCACAAUGGGCUUGUGGCCCACGAAGAGGCCCUUGAAGCUCUUGUACGUGACUUGUGGUUUUGGCUACACUGGAGCAGGUGAUGGUUGGCAAGGACCUGUGAGCAUUGGGCUCUUCUUGGGACUUCAGGCCUUGCUGCGCGAAGUGCCAGGCUCGAGGAUCGUGGAUGGGCCAGCCAUGGAUCCCAACCCAGCCAUUUGGCCGGAAGAGACUGAGCACAGGUCCAACUUUUGGUACUUGGCUCGGAAUCAUGAUCCUUGGAUCCACGAAGAGGACUUGCGACAAAGGUGGGGAACAGAUCAUUCAAAUACAGCGAAGCCGUCCUGCUGGACAUCCGAAGAUGUUUGACCUUCUGUGCACCGCUUUUUGCACUGGAGGCUGAAAGCCACAAGCGUUGAACGCACUCUUUUUGCAACCCUUGUUUAGGUUACAAGGCAUGGAAAUUGAG